AUGGAACUUCCUCAGCUGUCGCUCGACACCUACGUCGCGAUCUGCCUGGUAAUCGCCACACCAUGGCUCUACCGCACAUUCUCUCCAUUCUCGGAAGUGCGCACGAAAACACGAACAGAGCAGCUAGUCUCCACCACUAUACUAACCCACACACUGUACAUGCUCUACUGCCUUUUCGUUUCGCCGCCUCAGAAUGUGUUCACGUCUCUUGGUGUACCGAUGAGUGCUGCGCCGGAGGAGCUGCGUGUAAAGUUGGCGGAGAGGUUUGGGAGUGAGGAGCAUGUUCCGGAGUAUUUGAGGGUGUUGGUGAAGAGGCUUGGGUUGAUGGAUAUGAGGUCGUUGUAUAUCCGGUUUGGACACGACGUGCUUACGACGUGCUCAUAUUGCCAGUCGUUCGAUGACUUUGCUUUGUAUGCGUUUCCCUCCUCUCUCCUCGAAUAUGUUCGCGAAAUUGCUUUCGUCGGGCUCUUGACCCUACCAAAAACGCCCACAGCGCACUUCAGACCAGUAGGACUCGGCGUCCUCCUCGCCGCGCUCCUCAUCGAGGCAUACUGGGUACUCACAGUUCCAGUUCUAAUCACUCCACGCGGGUCAGAUACGACAACCACAAUGUGGCACGAUACCUUCAUCCUUAUCCGACACACCCUCUUCCUCCUUCUCCCGCUCAUAACAACCCUCGCGCCACACCUCGAACUGCACCGCGUUCCCAUUCUAAACGCCUUCAUACCCGCGCCGGAGACUGCCAAUCUUCCGCCAUCGCGCUUCCAGAUGCAGGGACAGGGAGGGCCUGUGCUACCAGACGGCAUCACGCUGAACCAGAUCUCAAAUAUGACGCUCAAGACACUCGGGCACCUCGUCCCGACGCUGCACCUGCUCAAAUAUUCGCACGCCGCGAUCAUGCGCUCGCAGCCUUCCUCUGCUGACGCAGAAGAUUCCUCCACACCAUCGCAGCACCUGCACGCCCGCGCAUCCGAAUGGUGGCGCGAAGAACGGCGCGAAGGUGAUAUCGUGCGAAAUGACGCGAACGUGCGGCAUGUGCUCAAGGCGUCCGGGCUAUCACUAGAUGACGAGGUCAAAGCUGAAGACGGCAGCGUGGUGCAACCUGAGGGCCCGUUGUUGAACAGCGCGAAGAUCGCGGCGAAUAUGUUGAAGGAGCAGGGCGCGCCGCCGAGUGAGUUUUGGGUGUUUAUGAAGUGA